AUGAUGAAGCUGGUGGUGUUGUCUUGCGUAUUGGCGGCGGCCUCUGCUACGGGUUUGUUUGGGGGUUACUUAUCACCAUACGCACCCUUGGCCUACGCCGCACCUUACUACCAGCCCUACAACUACCGGGGGCCACUAUCCCUCGCCCCCGGCCAGCCCGCCAACAUCUUAGCCGCUGAUGGCAGGCCUUUGGACACCCUUGAAGUUAACUUGGAUCGGUCAGCUCACCUUACUGCCAAGGCCCUCGACAGUGGUAUCCAUCUGCUGAAGAAACGGUCGGUCUUCGCUACCCCCCUUAUCGCGCCAUACGCUCCUCUCGCCUACGCCGCCCCACUUUUAGCUCCCUCCAACUACCGUGGCCCACUUUCCCUCGCCCCCGGCCAGCCCGCCAACAUCUUGGGCGCUGACGGCAGGCCUUUGGACACUUUGGAUGUUAACUUGGACCGUGCUGCCCACUACACCGCCAAAGCUUUGAACGGUGCCCACAUCUUGAAGAAGCGUUCUGCCGCCAUCAUCGCCCCUGUCGCUGCUGUGGCUCCCGUGGCCUACGCCCGCGCUCCACUGAUCGCUCACAGCUACGCCUACACCGCUCCCGCUCUUGCCCGGAUAAGCCCGAUCACAUACGCUGCUCCAUACGCUCAUUACCUGUAA